CUCAAUCCCUCAUGUCAAGCUGGAGAGCGUUUCUGUCAGAUGUUUCAAUCUUGAGGACUUACUACUGAUCUCGGUGCCACCCUUCUACAAAGAUCUUCAGAAUUGGCCAUAGGCGUCCGCGGCCACCGUAGAGUGUCCCACCUCGUGCAUAAGACAAGGAUCUCAUCUUACCCGCAUCGAUCUGACCCAUACAUCUUUACGACAUGGCCACACCAAACCUUCUGACAAUUCCAGUAGAGCUGCGGGAGUUGAUAUACGGCUUUCUUUUUAGCUCUUACACAAUCAUCCACGGCCACAGAGGAGCCAGCAAAGCGGCCGUUGAGCCUCCCUCCUCGCCGCGCAGCUUGCUACUCACAUGUCGUCAAAUACACGCCGAGGCCUGGCGUUACCUCCCACUCAAUUGCACCCUCCACUUCCGCGGUACUGAGGACCUCCUUAAAACAUUGCUCUCCGUCGACCAAAGUAUCAUAACCCGCCUGCGUCACAUCCGCGUCUGCGCCUUCCCAUUCCCGCUCUAUGCAGACGACAAACCGGAAUACUAUCCCAUAUACUACUUCGCCAAUGCCCUAUCUUUCUUCCCAGGCCUUUGUCUCGAUGAGCUAGAAGUCUACGACUGCUGGCACGGCACGGGACAAGGAGACGGCUGGCGCGACGUAACAACGUAUCUGGAUAUCGAAGCGCUGCUCAAGAGUGAUGCGUGGAGGCGGCUGACGUACAUCACGCCUUGCACGGAUUUCAUCGCGUCGGGCUACGAUCACAGACAGAAGCGGCAGCAGCAACCUAAGAACUGGGAUGCCCUGCUCAGAGAACGCGAUGGUGCAGCUUCUGAGGCAGAAGUCAAGAUGUGGAUUGUGCCGCUCAAGCAAGACCAGGCUAGAGACGAGGAGAGGACGGAGGAUGGAAGGAAAAUGCACGAAUGGUCUGCGAGGCCGGGACAUCAGAUUGUUCAGAAUUGGCGGCUGGCUACGCCGGAACAGAGUCUCAAGGGUGAGGUUAGGAUUGUGGCGAUGAGGGCCAAGAAGGCGAGGGUCGUGCAGUUGGGGUUGCAGGAGAAGAAGAGUUGGGCCGAGCUUAAGAAGCAGAAAGGCGGUUUUGUGAGAGAAGAUUGGACUCCGUAUUACAACGAUAUGGCGGACGCGAUGGGAUGGAUUUAUGGGGGUUAUGGAAGGAGGAGGCAAUUGGCCCAUCAGGCCAUGAUUGGUUGAGGAGGGCGACAUUGUGAAGCCGUUCAAGGCACAGGAUCUUGCAAAACACAUUGAAUGAUAUCGAUAUUGCCGUUUUGAGAUUUGGCCAUGGUUCAGAUCACUAUG